ACUUGCUGACCGAUAGAUAAAGUUUGAUACAUUCGCUCUUCCACUCGAUUUGCUUACGACACUACAACCAUGGCGACAUCAAAUUGGGAAUCCAUCGCCAAGCAAAAGCGCGACUCCAUCCUCGCAGCCAUACCCCAAGAAUGGCGCAUCUCAAACCCGCCCUCAGUGGAAGACCAACCAGAUGUAACAACAUACGUCGAGCAAUUCCUCUCUAAAGAAGAGCUAGAAAUCACAGCCUGCAGCGCCGAACAAAUCGCACAGAAAUGCGGCUCCGGAGAAUGGUCCGCGGAAGCAGUAACACGCGCCUUCUGCCACCGUGCAGCACUCGCCCACCAACUGCUAAACUGCCUGCAUGAGAUCUUCUUCGACGCGGCGAUUGAAGAUGCAAAGGCUUUGGAUGCAUAUUAUGCGGAACACAAACGCACAAAGGGCCCUCUUCAUGGCGUUCCUGUAUCUCUCAAGGAUCAGUUUCAUGUCAAGGGCGUGGAGACGAGUAUGGGGUAUGUGGGCUGGAUUGGGACGUUUGAAGGGCAGAAGGGCACGGGGAAAGAGAAGGUGUAUGAGAGUGAGAUGGUGACGAUGUUAAGAAAUGCCGGGGCCGUGUUGUAUGUUAAGACGAGUGUGCCGCAUACGUUGAUGAGUGGAGAGACGGUGAAUAACAUCAUUGGAUACACGCUCAAUCCAAAGAACAGGCGGUUGACGGCGGGUGGGAGCUCUGGUGGUGAGGGUGCACUUAUUGGAAUUCGGGGGUCACCCCUCGGUCUAGGCACCGACAUAGGCGGCAGCAUCCGCAUCCCCGCCGCCUUCAACGGCCUCUACGGCCUGCGCCCCUCCACCGGCCGUCUCCCCUACCACGGCAUGGCCAACUCCAUGGACGGCCAAAACAGCAUCCUCUCUGUCGUCGGCCCCCUCGGCACCACCGCCUCCUCCCUGCGCCUAAUCACACAGACUUUCCUCGACCAGAAGCCCUGGGAAGUCGACCCCAUGGUGCACGAGAUUCCCUGGCGCUACACCGAGGAAAACAGCAUCAACGAGAACAUCCACGACGGCCGGGGUAUGGUCAAGAAGGGCGGAAAGCUGUGUUUCGGGGUGAUGAAGAGCGAUGGCGUUGUCCAGCCCACCCCGCCCGUCAGGCGCGCGGUGGACAUCUUGGUGCAGAAAUUAGAAGCCGCGGGGCAUGAAGUCAUUCCCUGGACGCCGCCCUCGCACAAAACCCUCACCGAUACGGGAUUCAAAACAUGGGUCUUCGACGGCGGCAAGGAUGUCAAAGCCGCUUUCGCACUCUCGGGCGAGCCGAUGAGCGACCAGGUCAAGUUCUUCUCUUCGCUGGAGAAGGAAGCGUCGGCGAGUGAGGUCGCGGCGACGAAUGUCGAGUUGCGGACGCUGAAGAAGGAGUAUUUGGAUUACUGGACAUCCACGGUUGCGCAGACGAGUACGGGGCGCUCCGUCGAUGCGGUAAUAUCCCCGCUAGCUCCUUUCCCAGCUGCGAGGCCGAAGAGGUACGCGUACUAUGGAUACUCCACGUGGGUGAAUCUGCUUGAUUAUACGAGUGUUGUGGUGCCGGUUACGAAUGUGGAUAAGGCGAUGGAUGUAAAGGAUGCAGGGUUCAAGGCGGUGAGCGAGCUAGAUCAGCAGAUUCAGGAUGACUAUGAUCCGGAGAUCUAUGAAGGCGCGCACGUGAGCUUGCAGAUUGUGGGGAAGCGGUUGCAGGAGGAGAAAAUGUUGGCGAUUGCGGCACAUGUUGAAAGCCUUCUCGGAUCGAGCCAGUGAUGUCUUACGGCUGAGCCCUAAUGGUGAAGAUGGCUAUUCCACAGGACAAAGCCUGA